AUGGCGACGGCCUUCCUCCGCAACAUAGUGCUCCGGCCAGCACUCCGGCCAACCCUCGCCAAAUCCACCACCCCGACCCCGACCCCGAUCGCUCGCGCAUUCUCGACGACGCCGUCCCAGAGCGCGACCCUCAACCAAGUCCUCCGCGUGGGCAUUACCAAGCCCAAGAAGCCCAACUCGGGCGAACGCAAGACGGCGCGUGUGCGGUUGUCGACAGGCAAGGUCAUCACGGCGUACAUCCCCGGCGAGGGCCACAACAUCCAGCAGCACAGUGUGGUGCUCGUGCGUGGCGGCCGCAGCCAGGACUGUCCCGGUGUGCGCUACCAUUUGGUGAGGGGGGCGUUGGAUUUGGGUGGUGUCGGUAGCCGGAUGAGCAGCAGGAGUAAAUACGGGACGAAGAAGCCCAAGAAGGCGUCGGUUGGUUAA